UCUUGUUGCCUGCUGCCUGUCCUUGUCCAGUUGCCUGCUGGGCACUUCUCUGGUGCUAUCCCCAGUCCUGGAAACAGACGUCGGUGCUGCACAUUUCUGCCAUGAUACUCGACAUGGCACCUUCGCAUGGGCUCAUCAGCUGAUCAACAGUGUAAUUUAAUCUGAUUAUCAUUUUGCACUAACCUCAAAAAAAUUAUAUUUUUCUUCGGAUUGCCUUUGAGCCUGGCAGAGUUUCGUUUCCAACCCGUCCUUUUCUCUAUAUUCACUCUAGAAAUCCAGUACAGUACACCCCAUUUGGAAUAAAAAUGGCCAAGAAGACCGUCCGUCGCAGCAAGUCGCAGGGCUCCAAAGCGCAAAACCAGGCAACAAAGACACGGAGCGAGGCCACAGAGAUCACGCGGUGGACGUGCGCUUUCGACAACAUCAACGGCACCGAGAGUUCUCUGGCCCUGGUCCGCUCAGGCGUCAAUGGGCACCAAUUGCGGAUUAUCGACAUCCACACUGGCACACAGCGCAGUGAGCACCUGACCGAGAACGGCGUCAAGAUCCGCUCGGUUGCAUGGGGGCAGCUGCCGUCGGCUGACAAGAAGAAUGCCGGAGGAUCCAAGCAGGUUGUUGUUGCUCUUGCUUUGCAGAACGGUCAGAUCCAGAUCUACUCCCCGGCGCGCGACACUGUUGUGAAGACGCUUGAAGGCGAGCACGAGAACCCUGUAGUGGACCUCGCAUUUGGCCCCGAUGGCAGCGGCCAGCUGGUGUCGGUCGACGAAUCGGGUCUGCUGGUGCAGUGGGAUAUUGCCGUUGGUUCAGCACUGAACCAGAUCAACACCGGGAUCCACGAGGCGCGGAAACUGAUUGUGUCGUCGGACGGCCAGCGCGCAGUGAUCGGGAGCCACAAGCUGGAGAUGUGGGACCUUGGCAAGCAGAGCAUGCUGCAGUCGUGGCCCGGACACACAUCGCCCAUCUUUAGCCUGGAAUGGGCCGCCGAUGAGACCGCACUGAUCUGGGAUGCCAGCCCGACAGCCAGCUCCGCCACGGUGAUGCGCGCGCGGGCGAUCCUGGCUAUCGACAGCGAUGUUGUGUAUGCACAUGUCUCGGUUGACGGCUCUGUGCUCGCAAUUGGCGAGGAUGGCGUCAUGUAUGUGUGGCACCAGGUGGCCGUUGCCCAGCGCGACAGCAGCGCAAAGGCCAAGAGCGAUAUUGGCCAGGCGGCUGACGGCGUGGUGCGGAUUCCUGGGCAGGUGAUGAUCAUCCGCGGCAGUGCACUGAUGCCGGUCUUCGAGACCCUGUCGAUUGUCGACUCGACAGGCCAGUUCGAGCGCUCGCUUGUUUUGACGCGUGCCCCACAGAAGAACAUUCUGGUGAGCUCGGCUCGCAGUGAGGCCGAGCAGAAGCUGGCCAAGCAGCAGCAAAAGUACGAUGACAGCUCGGCGAGCGUAAUUUCGCCGGUGGUGGAAGCUGUUGCCAAGUCGCAGAAGGUUGCGUCGGAGAGCAGCAAGCAGGAGAUGCCCUCGCUGGCGGAGCGUGUCAAGCAGCUUUCGGCGGGCACCGAUGACGAGGAUGCGGAAAUGCAGGAUGGCAAGGUUGGCAAGCAGCUGACAGUGGGCACGCUUGUGCGCGUGCUAGUGCAGGCUCUGCACACGGACGACCAGGAGAUGCUGAACAUGGUCAUCGAUAACUCGUCACGCACCAACGUUGUCCGGGACACUGUCCUUGGCCUCCCGACCAUGUACGUGCUGUCGUUCCUGCAGCAGCUGUUUGUGCGCUUCCAGACAACCCCCGCCAAGGCAUCGACGCUUCUGCCGUGGAUUCGCACCACCCUGACGCUGCACUCGGCGUAUCUGACCACCAUCCCGAACCUGAUCCCGCAGCUGUCGGGCUUUUACCAGGGCGUUGAAGCCCGCCUCGAGACCCACCAGAAGCUGCUGCGGCUGAACGGCCGCCUGGAGCUCGUCCACACACAGAUCCGCACCCGCGAGCUUGUGGAGAAGGACAAGUCGGGCCGCAAGCUGGCCCAGCAGUCGACUCCCGUCAAGAAGAGCAAGGCCAUGAAGCCCCUGAACGUCUACCGUGAGUCUGACAGCGAGGAUGACGAGGAGGUCGAUGCCGCAACUGCGUGGCAGGCUGAGGAGAGCACGGACGAUGACGCUGAUAUGGCCAGCGAUGCCGAGUCUGACAACCAGUGGUCUGACGGCGAGGAGGAGAUUGAUGGCGUUGAAGCAGCUGCGUCCGAUGACGAGGACGAGGACGAGGGCGACGAGUCGGGCAGCGAGCAGAGCGGCGAGGAGGACGAUCUUGAGCACUGCGUGCGCCUGCUGGAUCGCGCUCUGUGGCCAAUGCGGUCAAGCCUGCCGCGGCCCAAAUCAGCUCUCCCUUUGACACCCUCCCCAUUCGCCCUGUUCCUGCGGCCCGACACGCCUGCCUACUUUAUGGCGAAGCCGCGCUACGCCGAUCUUGUCAGCGGCCUGUCGCGGAUCACGCAGGAAUACCCACUGGGCCGCUUUAACAAGGCUACGCACAAGCCUGGCAAGUGGAUCAAGCGCGACAAGCUCGAGAAAAAGCUGGAAAUCAAGAUCACCGAGAACGAGUACCGGAUCUUGGUCCAGCGGCUGUGUGAUGCGGAGCGGGCGCGGAUCGCUGACCCUGAUGUCAGGACCGAGGUGCGGCUGUAUUUGCGGCAGUUUGAGCGCGGGUACACGCAUAUCGAGGUCGUCAAGAAGGACGAGGAGAACAUGACUGAGGAAGAGAAGAAGGCUGCCGAGAGGAAGGCGCUGCUGAGGAAGAGGAAGUCGAACAGGGGAUACAAGGACGACCUGGGAAGGGCGUGGGUUGUACCUGUCAACGGACAGCUGGAGGCAGCCAAGGGCACGCCUGCUCCGGCUGUUGAGUCGGAGGCUGCUCCUGCUGCUGAAUCUGAGCCCACUCCUGAGCCUAUCUCUCCGAUCCUGGCCCACCCGGGUGAGGUCCUUGUCAACGGCAAGCCCCUGGCAGAGUACUUUGCUCGCACAACUGAUCGCGAGUCGGUGCUGUUCCCCUUCCAGACCAUCAGCAAGAUUGGCCAAUUCAACGUCUAUGGCGUCGUGCACGGUGGUGGUCUGACGGGCCAGGCCGAGGCUCUGCAGCUGGCCAUCGCGCGCGCUACCCAUGCCAUGAACCGCACUCUGCAUGACGGCAUUCGCCGUGCGGGUCUCCUCAGGAGAGAUCCCGAGAACCGUCGAGCGUAA